AGGAAUAGUGCCCCCAUCCUUGGUGUCAGUGGGGGGAGGAAUAGUGCCCCAUCCUUGGUGUCAGUGGGGGGGAGGAAUAGUGCCCCAUCCUUGGUGUCAGUGGGGGGAGGAAUAGUGCCCCAUCCUUGGUGUCAGUGGGGGGAGGAAUAGUGCCCCAUCCUUGGUGUCAGUUGGGGGGAGGAAUAGUGCCCCAUCCUUGGUGUCAGUGGGGGGAGGAAUAGUGCCCCAUCCUUGGUGUCAGUGGGGGGGAGGAAUAG